AUGCUAGUCAACCCUCUCAUGACUUUGAACUUUGCCACCCUGGCCGCAGCUCCAUCUCACCUCAGGUCAAACCCGACUCUACCUAAAAAUAGAGGUGGUCAAGAACUCCCUUUGCCACCUAGAGGUGUUACUCUCAAGUAUAUCGCUCUUGGUUUCGGCAUCCAGAACUACUCUUGCACCACCGGGCAGCCUGUUUCCACCGGUGCUCUGGCUAUGCUCUACGACAUUACUGACCUCUACCCGAGCCAUCGAAACCCCAAGAGUCUUUCAAUGACUAACUUCGAGCGACUUACCGCGACUGUCCUUGAGAACUUUGAAGUCCCUCUCCAUCUCGUUUCCACCGGUGGCGCAGACUCCCUUGAACCUUUCACCAAACCUGUUCCACUCGAAUUUAACGGCCAUUCCAUCCCGUUUCUUGGUCACCAUUUCUCAAAUACGAACGGAAUUCCAAUUUUUGAUCUUGGUAAACAGCGUCUCAAUGCAACUUUAAUUACCGCUGUGGAUGCUCCGGCAAAUGCCAACCCUGGCCCCGAUGAAACUGGAGCCGUUCCUUGGCUAUACAUAGGCGAUGCGGGCGAGAGUAUCGGGAUAUCUUAUGUCUACCGCGUUCUGACUGCUGGCGGUAAAUCUCAUGGCUGUACUAGUUCUGACAGUGAUGAAGACAGCACGCCUUAUGCCGCUCAAUACUGGUUCUAUGGAUGA